AUGGACAAGCUUCGAUUACUAGGAUCAUAUCUUAGAAAGUCUCCAUUAACAUCGACUGUUUCGGAGCCUGGAAUCAAGAUAUCACCAAAACAGUUUACCUUCUCAGUUAGAGUGCGAGAUAAAGACCGUCCUUCCAAAAUAAGCACAACUAAAAUAAAUGAACCUGCCUCUAAGUUGGAAAACACUUCAACCGUGGUGCAUAAUGAAUAUUUGAAUUCAUUGCAGCUACCGUAUCUUGCACGAACAUCGUUGCGAGUUAGCAAAUAUGACUAUAAACGAGCCGCUCAAUUUUCCAACACACUAAAAAGAACUUUGAAAACUCAAGACGCACACGAAAGAAUAUUCUCCAUAUCCAGUGAAGAUGUUGCUAAACUUAUUUCUAGUCUUUUUCAAGUCUCUGAGGAUAAUGUUUCUCUUGUCGCUAAAAAGCGUUUCUUUGAAAGGGAAUGUUUCACUGAAAUUCCCAAAAUAACAGAAGAAGUACUAAGCGAUAUUCAAGAGUUCGAAGACUAUAUUGGACUUUUGACGCACACCAAAUUCCAUCACAAAGGGUCAUCUUUACAAGACGGAAUAAUACCGAAACUUCUUAAGAAUUUGCUACAUCCUUCUAAUUUACGAAUUGCGCCAUUGAAAACGGCUUCAGUGUUCAACGAUGUAAUAUACUACUACGGAAACAAGAACAAUUUUGCCACCUGCAGAGAGCUUUAUGCACAAAUGAAAUCCGAAGGUAUCGCACCAAACGUCCAAACUUAUAAUUUAAUGUUAAGGAACCUUCUCAGGAACUCCAGGUUAAUUAAACAACAACUCCCAUAUCGCGAAGCAAUAUUUUAUCUGGAAAGGAUGAAAAAAGAGAAUAUAUCUGCAGAUGUGAUAACUUGGAACACCUGUUAUUUUCUUUUGAAGGAUAAUAUAUCAAGAGCUAUAUUUUUAGAGAAAAUGGUUGAAAGAGGAGUUCCUUUAACAUACCAUCUAUUAUACGGAAUCCUAGAAGAGGAAGACAUUCCUUUCAAUGUCAUAAUAGACUUUUUACGAGAGAAUGAUAUUCCUGUUGAUACAAAAAUCAUCAAGAUAUGCCACCGGUCAUUAAUCAAAAGGGACAAGUUCCAGGCCUCCUGGAAGCUUAUGGAGUAUGCAAGACACUUAAAUUUUCGCGUGAAAGAUCCUUUUUUCCUUGAAGAGUAUCUAAGGCAGUUCUCCGAAAAAGGCAGAAUGGACAUGUGUAUUAUGACAGUGAACACCUUUAAAGCAACGUUUGAAGUUGAACCAACUCUCCAUUGUUAUGACCUUCUUUUCAAAUGUCUUGUCAGGCAGGGAUAUAGUUCGGAGUUCAGCAGAGUAUAUCAGAUGCUCCUUAUCAAUCUUAAAGAGCAUACGGGAGGGCAUGUUGUGAUGAAUUAUUGGAUCGCUAAAUGCCGUGCAAUCAUGAAUAGCAACAUCAAAACGAUCCCGACCCAUGAUUCAAUUACCAGACUGGAUGCAUUGGCCAAAAGAUGUAUUUGGGAUAAGCGAGGUAUCAAAUGGAACUGUUGGUUAGAAUAUUCUGAAUACAGGAAUGUAUUCAGAAGGCUUGGGUCGGUACCGUAUCAAUCCAAUUCUAGAGACCAAUUGGAUAAACACGAAGUUGCUAAAAGUUCAAAGAAAAAAGUCAAAUACCUAAAGAAGCUUAAAGAGACAGCUAUACGGAAUAAACAGUCUCACGACGCAGCUUACAGGAAUGAUUAUUAUUCGGCAUUAAAGAAUGAUCUUAUCAAUAGAGGAAUAAUUGAAGAACAAGCCAAAUGA